CUGCUGUCAAGUCCGAACGGUCGGUGGUCGUCUCAUAGACAUGUAGGCCCCACCUGGAGCCGCGGUUGAAGCAAUGAACAACCUGUACACCUACUUACUUCGCAUCGCUAGCAACGAGUAUCUCGCAUCUACAUUAAACACAGGCCAUCUUCUUGUCAGCAUAAUCUGCAAAGCGCAACAUGUACGGUCGCGGCGGAGCAGGCAACAUCGCGCAAGCAGCGGCCUCAAGCAAGAAAGCCGCAGAGGAUAUCGAAGCGGCCAAUCCGCCGUCCACGACCCCCUCAGCGCCGUCCCAGACGUCCUCCACGGCAGCGCAGGACUACGCGCACAUGGGCCGCGGCGGCGCAGGCAACUGGUUCCAGCCCAAGGCGCUGCAGGCCGAGGGCACGUUCUCGCAGCAGACGGCUGCCGAGGCGACGGCGCAGCCGACCAGCGCGAGCCCGAACGUGAGCAAGCCGUGGACGCCCGAGGGACAGGAGUUGCCUGUUGCGAGGCAGGGCAGGGGCGGCGCGGGGAAUAUGGUGUGGAAGAGCGAGGAGAUGUGGAGGCGCGAGAAGGAGGAGGAGAGGGUGAGGAAGGAGGAGAUUGAGAGGUCUGCUGAGGAGGCGGCGGGCGGGUUGCAGAGCCCUGGGAAGGCGGUAUUUUCGGCGCAGAAGGGCGGGAGGGGGUGGUGAGAGGAUAUCAGCCCUUGUUUGUGUUGGAGAGGAGGGAGAUGAGAUGUGAUGAAAGCAUGACACGCAAAGCGCGCUGUGGAGGAAGUCACUGGUCAGGCUGGGAGUGUUUUCUGCUUUCUGUCUGCGUGAUUUACGAGUGCGGCUAUCCACAGUCUUUAGGGAGAACACAUUUCUUCAUCAUCAUCCAUGAGAUGUCAAGCUCAUCUGCAU